UACACACGGGGUGACUCGAACUCGUGACUUGAGGGGACAUACGACCUUCAGAGAGGCUGCCCUACCAACAGGCCAUGCGCACCCCCGCCAGAAUGGCCCAACAUGGAAUAGCGUUCACAUCUCUUACACUAAAAAACGAGGAGGAGAUGGACUUGAGGAGAGGACCAUGGAUUAUGGAGGAAGACCUUAUGCUUAUGAAAUACAUCGCCAUGCACGGGGAAGGACGCUGGAACUCACUUGCUCGCUGCGCAGGGCUCAAAAGAACUGGAAAAAGCUGCCGACUUCGGUGGCUAAACUAUCUCCGACCAAACAUCCGACGAGGCAACAUCACUCCGGAAGAACAGUACCUCAUUCUCGAGCUCCAUUCGCGCUGGGGAAACCGGUGGUCGAAGAUUGCGCAGCACCUCCCGGGAAGGACAGACAACGAAAUAAAAAAUUACUGGAGGACUCGGGUGCAGAAGCAUGCGAAGCAGCUCCAGUGCGACGUAAACAGCAAGCAGUUCCAGGACGUCAUGCGCUAUAAAUGGAUGCCGCGCUUAAUGGAGCGCAUUCGUGCAGCCUCUGGCAAGUCGCCGACGGCGGAGUGUGGGACCGUAACUCGGGGGGAACAGACCACUGGCUGUGGACAGUUGGAAACCGGACGAGAGCACCGGUUGCGCCGGAUCGUGGUCGUCGGCGACCGGCUCGAUUGGCACGACGUUGACAGAGUUUAGUGAACCGGUAUGUGACUGGAUAAAGGGUAGCUUUGGGACGCAGAAUGGAAACGUGUGUUGGCCGGAAAGUGUUUCGCAGGUCCCAGUGGGGCAUGAGCAUGGAUUAGCGAAACUUGAUCGGUAUUGGGCCGGGGAGGUGUGUGAGAAAAUGUGGAGCAUGGAGGACAUCUGGCAGCUGGCGCAAUAAACUGAAUUAAUUUAAAAUUGUAAAGGGGAGGAAAAUCACUCAAAAAGUAAUGAACUCUAGAUUUUGGGAAGGUUGUUCUCAGGAUCUGGGAUGACAUGUAAUAUAUAUGUAUAUAUAUAAAAUUCGCAAGAUAAAAAU